AUGCGUAGUAUUCCUCGACAGCCGGCUGCAUGCACUGGGACGACUUCCUGCUGGAGAGGGAACGUCAUUCACUGUGCAAAAUCAGUGCGCGUUUGUGUAUGAGACGGAGAAUCUGCACGCAAGAAGGUUUUGAAGCAUUGCAAGCAAACGUGCAAAUUGCACGCAAUGCAAUCGAAUCCAGACCUUGCGGGGCUUUAGACAUCACAGCCUCUGCCAACGGGAUGCAGUUCACGUAGGCGUACGAGACUUUGGGAUUCGGAGAUGGACAAGCCACGAGACGUGGUGGAUGAGGAGUCCAGGAGCGGGGAGCUGAAUGAGGCGGUGGAGGCCGACCUCCAGCACCUGGAGGAGGAGGCAGAGGAAGGGGCCAGGCAGUACCGCCGCGCCGUUGGCAAGCGGGGAGCCCACGCAGGCGACGAGGAGGGUCCACUGGCCAGGUCGGCCAGCACCGAGAGCGGCUUCCACAACCACACGGACAGGGCAGAGGGGGAUGUGCUCUGCACCCAGGCCGAGCCCUUCGGCUCCCGGGAGAGGCUGGCUGAGAGUGAGGAGGAUGAGAGGUCCUACGCCGUCCACUGCCGCCCAGAGGCAGAGGAGUACACAGAGCAAGCCGAGUCGGAGCACGCGGAAGCGGCUGCCUCCCAUGCCCUCCCAGGCCCCCUGCGAUUCGGCGUGGUGGACCGCGAAGGCCUCCUGAGCUCGGCCUACGCGGGCUACGUCUACACCCACCAGGCCUUCCGCCACGGCGAUGAGGAGCAGUAUGCCGAGCCUUACGACGACUACUCGGCCCAGGAGCACGUUUACGAGGAGAUUGCAGAGGCUCCCGAGCCGGGCGGGCGAGGGAACCUGCAGCUGUACCAGCAGGAGAGGGAGGAGGCGGAGAAUUACCGCAAGGAGGCACUGGGUGCCAGGCUGCACCACUAUGACGAGCGCUCGGACAACGAGUCGGACAGCCCGGAGAAGGAGGCCGAGUUUGCGCCCUACCCGCGCAUGGACAGCUACGAGCAGGAAGAAGACAUUGACCAGAUCGUCGCUGAGGUGAAAGAAAGCAUGAGCUCCCAAAGCCUGGGCCAGGUCUCCGAGGACAUGCCCGAGGCCGAACAGAACUCGGAGAAUGACGACCCCACCUCGGCUCUGAACUCGUGCUCUGCAUCUUCCACGGGUCUGGGCGAGGUCGUGAGGCACACCAGAGAACAAAGGGAUGCCAUAUCGUUAGCCAUUAAGGACAUCAAGGAAGCGAUCGAAGAGGUGAAGACUAGAACCAUUCGAUCGCCUUACACUCCUGACGAGCCCGCAGAACCGAUCUGGGUAAUGCGCCAAGAUGUUAGUCCAACGGCAGAUUGUGAGAUCCAAAUGGUAAUGGAAGGAGAUCAAUCAGCUUCACCAGGGUCGUCAUCUCCCCGAGGUGCAGAGUCCAUGACACAGCAUCGAACAGACAUUCAUGGCGCAGCAGAGACGGCAACAAAUCAAGAGUCAAGAAAAGCUUUGGCCUCCUUUCCCACCUAUGUUGAAGUCCCUGGACCCUGCGACCCAGAGGAUCUAAUUGAUGGCAUCAUCUUUGCGGCCAAUUACCUGGGCUCCACCCAGUUGCUGUCCGACAAGACCCCAUCCAAAAACGUGCGGAUGAUGCAGGCCCAGGAAGCUGUCAGCAGGAUCAAGGCGCCUGAGGGAGAGCCCCAGCCUAUGACAGAAGUGGACCUCUUCAUUUCAACCCAGAGGAUUAAGGUUCUCAAUGCUGACUCGCAGGAAACUAUGAUGGACCAUCCCUUAAGGACCAUUUCAUACAUUGCGGACAUUGGGAACAUUGUGGUACUGAUGGCACGUCGCCGCAUGCCUCGAUCCAAUUCCCAGGACAGCGUGGAAGCGUCCCACCCUUCCCAGGAUGGGAAGCGGCAAUACAAGAUGAUCUGCCAUGUCUUUGAGUCUGAAGAUGCUCAAUUGAUUGCCCAAUCCAUCGGCCAAGCUUUUAGUGUCGCCUAUCAGGAGUUCUUGAGGGCAAAUGGGAUUAAUCCGGAGGACCUGAGCCAGAAGGAAUAUAGUGACCUCCUCAACACUCAGGACAUGUACAAUGAUGACUUGAUUCACUUCUCCAAAUCGGAAAACUGCAAAGAAGUUCACGUUGAGAAGCAGAAAGGUGAAAUACUGGGUUUGGUGAUCGUUGAGUCAGGCUGGGGCUCCAUACUUCCAACAGUGAUCAUCGCAAACAUAAUGCAUGCAGGGCCUGCAGAGAAGUCUGGAAAGCUGAAUAUUGGAGACCAGAUUAUGUCCAUCAAUGGCACCAGCCUGGUGGGACUUCCAUUAUCCACCUGUCAGAGCAUCAUAAAGGGUUUGAAGAACCAAUCUCGAGUCAAGCUGAACAUUGUGCGGUGUCCUCCUGUCACCACGGUGCUGAUUCGGAGGCCAGACCUGCGCUAUCAGCUGGGCUUCAGUGUACAGAACGGCAUCAUCUGUAGCCUUAUGCGCGGAGGGAUUGCAGAGCGAGGAGGAGUGAGAGUUGGUCAUCGCAUUAUAGAAAUCAAUGGGCAAAGUGUUGUCGCUACACCUCAUGAGAAGAUAGUCCACGUUUUGUCCAACGCAGUUGGUGAAAUUCACAUGAAGACCAUGCCUGCAGCCAUGUACAGACUGCUGACAGCUCAAGAACAGCCUGUUUACAUCUGAAAGGACGACAACCCCUGCCCUGGUGUGCAAAGUGGAAGUGUCUGUGUGGUUUGGUUGUGUUGAUCAUUGCUGCAUUUCUGCAGCUGCAGAUACUACAAUUUUUUUUAAACGUGCUUUGUUUGACAAAAAAAAAUCUGUAAAAAAAAAACAAACCUUUGCCUUUCAGACAUGCAACUUUGUGCGGUUUAUAUAGAAAUAAAUGUAAAUAUAUUCUCGCAGAUUAAUUCUCACCAAGUUAACACAAAAUUAGUAACUGGGCACCUAUAUGGUUUGAUGUUAUUUAAGAGAGGGCUCUUAUGCAGAACCAGUUCAAUGCAGGUGAGUGAUUAUGUCAUUGGGAAAUGUAUUUAAAGCUAAACAAACUGAUAAGCAUUUACAAAGUCUCUAAAGAUAUGUCCUGCUA